AUGCUUUCGCCCCAGACGUCUAUGCAUCGGACGCGGAUCUAUACGCUCCACCAUUACGUCCUGCCUCCAGACCAGUACGCCCCGCCCUCAGACCAGUACAACCCACCUCCAGACCAGUACGACCAGCCUCCGGAUCAGUACGACCCGCCUACUGAUCAGUACGACCCGUCUUCUGAUCAGUACGACCCGUCUUCUGAUCAGUACGACCCGCCUCCUGAUCAGUACGACCCGCCUCCUGAUCAGUACAACCCGCCUCCAGACCAGUACGUCCCGCCUCCAGAUGAGUACGAUCCGCCUCCAGAUCAGUACGAUCCGCUUCCAGAUCAGUAUGAACAGCCUCCAGACCAGUACGCCCCGCACCCAGACCAGUACGCCCCGGACCCCGACCCGUACGACCCACCACCAGACCAGUACGCCCCAGACCCCACUUCUUACGGUCCACCAUCAGACCCGUACGCCCCGCCUCCAGAUCAAUACACCCUACUUCCAGAUCCAUACGCCCCACCUCCAGACCCGUAUGCCCCGCCUCCAGACCCGUAUGCCCUGCCUCCAGACCAAUACGCUCCGCUCCCAGAUCCGUAUGCUCCUACACCAGACCAGUACGACCAGCACCCCGACCCGUACGCCCCGCCGCCAGAUCCGAACGUUCCACCUCCAGACCAAUACGCCCUGCAGCCCGAUCCGAACGCCCCACUCCCAGACCUGUACGCCCCGCCCGCAGGCACGCCCCCCGACCUGGACACCGCCGAGCAUCUUAUGUGGCUGGUAAUGACCAACCAACAGUGA